AUGGGAGCUGAGAACUCCUCUGUGACAGAGUUUAUCCUUGCAGGCCUAACCAACCAGCCGAGACUCCAGAUCCCUCUCUUCUUCCUGUUUCUGGGUUCCUAUGUGGUCACCAUGGUGGGGAACCUGGGCCUGAUAACCCUGAUUGGGCUGAAUUCUCACCUACACACCCCCAUGUACUUUUUCCUCUUCAACUUGUCCUUCAUAGAUUUCUGCUAUUCUACUGUUAUCACGCCCAAGAUGCUGAUGAGUUUUGUCUUGAGAAAGAACAUCAUCUCCUAUGCAGGGUGUAUGACUCAGCUCUUCUUCUUUCUUUUCUUUGUCGUCUCUGAGUCCUUCAUCCUGUCAGCAAUGGCAUAUGACCGGUACGCCGCCAUCUGUAACCCACUUGUGUACACAGCCACCAUGUCUCUUCAGGUCUGCUUAUUCCUCCUGUUGGGUGUCUAUGUGAUGGGGUUUGCUGGGGCCAUGGCCCACACAGCAUGCAUGGUAAGACUGACCUUCUGCACCAACAAUCUGGUUAACCACUACAUGUGUGACAUCCUUCCCCUUCUUGAGCGUUCUUGCACCAGCACCUAUGUAAAUGAGCUGGUAGUUUUUGUUGUUGUGGGCAUUGAUAUUGGUGUGCCUACAGUUACCAUCUUCAUUUCUUAUGCCCUCAUCCUCUCCAGCAUUCUCCGUAUUCAUUCUACCAAGGGCAGGUCCAAAGCCUUUAGCACCUGCAGCUCCCACAUAAUUGCGGUUUCUCUCUUCUUUGGGUCAGCAUUUAUGUACCUCAAACCAUCCUCUCUUUUACCUAUGAAUCAGGGGAAAGUGUCCUUGUUCUACACCAUUGUUGUGCCCAUGCUCAACCCGCUAAUCUAUAGCUUGAGGAAUAAGGACGUCAAAGUUGCUCUGAAGAAAACAUUGAGCAAAAAACCAUUCUCUUGA